UAUUUACAGAUGCAUCAAAAUUGCUGUUUGCUGCUACACGAAACAUGAUUUACUUCAGAAAAAUCAGAAUAGUCGUUCCAAAGUCCUGGUCUGUUAAACCUGAAUACAAGCGAAUCCCUGUACCGUCGAUUACUAAACAAUAUAUUAUAGUUGACAAGGAAGUUACAAUAAAAACACCUCACGUAAGGGGAUUAAAGAGGUGUGGAGGCGAGGGCAUCUACAUGUACUUGAAUUCACAGGACUUCAUUCUGAAAAAAGGGUUUACAAAAUGGGGAAUGCAUGAUCAUGUUAUUGUUCAUGAAUGGGGCCAUCUUCGUUGGGGCCUUUUUGAUGAGUAUCCAAAGUCUUCAAAGUUUACCUUCUACCAAGAAAAAGACAAAUGGAAUCCUGUGAAGUGCACCAAGCAAAUAACCGGUGUAAUAGGGAAAGGACCUGGCUGCAAACUACCUAGUCAAGACUGUAACACGUACGAUACGGGAAAGAAGAUGAACAAGAACUGUAAAUUUUGCCCUAAUCUAUUACAGUCUGUCAGCGCAAGUUUGAUGGGCUUUUCAUACUUGAAUGCUAUCACAAUGUUUUGUGACAAGGAUGAGGUAUCUGUUGAUGAGGCACAAAGACAUAACCGACACGCUCCUAAUUUGCAAAAUCUCCACUGCGGACACAAAAGUGCAUGGGAAGUAAUGAGGCGACAUAAAGAUUUUAAAGAUGCUGCAGCUUUAUUACCAUCAACAAGUACUACACCUUUCUUUGAGAUUAUCCAAAGUUCAGAUGUGUAUCGAGUAUUUGUCCUUGACGUUUCAGGAAGUAUGAAACAGCAGGAGAAGCUGAAAAUUUUGCGGCAGACCGGAGAAUAUGUUAUACACGAAGUCAUCCGGCAAGGGAGUUGGCUUGGCAUUGUGACCUUCAAUUCGUUGGCAUCAACGGUUAAACAAAUUACACAAAUCAAUUCAAAAUCUGAUCGUGAUGAACUUAUUGCAGCUCUUCCAUCGUCGGCAGAUGACGCCACUUGCAUUGGAUGUGGUAUGGAAGAAGCAAUACGCAUCUUGACGUUACAGCUAGGGAAUGCAGAAAAUACAGAGCUUGUGGUAAUUUCUGAUGGUUUAAACAACAGGGGUAACAUUCAAGCAUCAACCCAAAAAGCAAUUCGUGAGAAAGUGAUCGUGCACACUAUUGCGGUAACUCAAGAAGCUGAUACAGUUCUCGCCGAUAUUGCGAAAGAUACCGGAGGCAAACACUACACAUACUUGGAUACUGGCACUAUAAGUUUUGCUGCCACGUUCAGUGAAACUAUACAGGGUGACUUAACUUCGACAUUAAGUCAACACGCAAUGUUGGUGUCGGAAAAGAUUGAUUCAACCCCAUCAUACACACUGAAAUUUGACUUUACGAUAGAAGAGGGAUUAGGAGCAAAUACUUCAGUUACUGUAAUAAGCAGAAGCAUUCAUGUUAUGACCCUUGAACUUACCGGGCCAAAAAAUUAUACCCAAACAUUAAACACGAGUGGAACAUAUGCAACACUACUUAUACCAGAUGUUGCACAGGCUGGAAAGUACGAAAUGAAGAUACUAAUGCAAGAACGUCAACAAACCAUUGAAUAUUACGUAAAGUCAUCACCGACAAAUGAUGACAUAGUUGAGAUUUCUUCAUGGCUCUCUUCAUCAAAGAUCAAUAUAUCGUCUGGGGAACUUCCUGUCGCGUUUGUCGAUGUUAGGAAAGGAUAUGCUUCAUUAGUUGAGGCAAUAGUAGAAAUACAAGUAGAAUCUGAUAACAGAACAUGUAAACUUAACCUUAAAGACAACGGAAAUGACCCAGAUAUUAUUUCGAAUGACGGUGUUUAUUCCGGAUAUAUAUUUCCUGAAUGCUUAAGCUCCGGACGUGUGAGUAUCAAAGUAUACGCGUCUGGACAGGAGGGCAAAACUAAACGGCUGAAACAAGUGUUUGGAGCUCCAGUCCUGGCUGAAGUUGAAGAUGAUCCCGAAACACUGAACAGCUCUUUUCAGCGCGUGCAAAUCAUGGAAGAACUAUUCGUAACAGAAUAUAAAGACACUGACACUGCUGAUGUUAUUACGCCUGGCAGAAUCACUGAUGUUGAUAUAUAUAACAUUGUAAAGAAAACAAAUCAGUACGGAGAAAGCCGAAAUUUUACAUUAAGUUGGACUGCAACCGGAGAUGACAAAAACAUUGGUCAAGCUUCAUCUUAUAUAAUGCGGAUUUCUGAUGACUUUGAUAUUCUGCUCAACAGCUUUGAUACCGCAGAAUUGUUGGAUAUGAAAAAUUACAGUUUCAUUCCUAAAGAGGCUGGGUUAACGGAAGCAUUAACAUUUGUUGUAAAUGCUGAACAAAUGUACACAGAAACAACCUUCUUUGCAAUACAGGCCGUAGAUGAAGCUGGAAACAAAGGGGCAGUGUCGAACAUUGUAUCAAUAGUAGUAGCGAAAGGAUAUCGUGCUGUCGGCGAACCAGGAUCUCUCGACAUCGAUACGGAAGAAGCCAACUCUGUGAUGGCAGUUGUAGAAGAUGCUAAGGUUGCCGCCAUAGCUGGUGGAUCAGUCGGUGGAGUAAUUCUCCUUUUGAUCAGUUUCGUUGUUGUUUACAUCUGUAGAAAACGACAACUGAAGAAUCUAUUGACCAAUAUUAAGAUGGGAAGUGUAUAAGAAUGGAAAAAUAAACUAGUGAGAGAAAUAUAAAACUUAUCAAAGUCACAUACCCAUUGGAAAGAUGCAGUACAUGUUGUAGUACUUAAAACAGUUUAAAACACACGUUUUUAUCAACAUGCUCUACACUACUUGGACGUGUUACCAUUUUACUGCUAAAAUUCAUUCCAAAUUGUAUAUGAAGGGUUUGUGAAAGCAAAUUAAUUUAACCUAAUUAUUUCAUUUUCAUUUCCCCAUACGCAUCCUUUCGAUAAUAAUAAAUCAGUAGUGAUGUCAAAAUAAGUUUUCUCAAAUAGUAAAACUAACUUUUGAAUGUCUAAUGAUUUGAAGGGAAGUGAAUGCUACACAAUAAUCGACACAUUUAAGACCUCAUAGUACGGAUUUAUUAGUAUAUGAACAUCAUGAACUUUGACGACGCCUCGGGCGCAUAUUCAAAUAUAGUAUUAGAUCCUAUAUUGUACCCAUACAAAUGUGCAAUUGCAUGUAUCUAAUGAUAAAAAGUAUCUGCGAUCUAUGUUUUUAGGUGUAUAUAUAACAGGUUGACUGAUCAUACACAUCUGUCCGCUUUUAAUAGAAUUAAUUCUUUGUUGUAUAGUUUUUUUCGCAGUCUAUUCAUUAAUUAUUCGGAAAUUGAUUUACAUGUAUCUAAACUUAUAUACCGUUUUAUGUAUUUUGUAAGAACUAUGCAAAGAUAACAGAUAUUGUCCCAUCUCUUCUGUUUGUCGUGUAUCGACGUUAAUUAUUUUGUAUAGUUGAAAUAAUGCAAAUUUGUACAAUAUCAUGUAUAUCGCAUUCGCAGAAUACUUUAUACACAUGCUCUAUAAGUGAAAAAAGGAGAAAUCUCUAAAAUAUCUUAAAUCUAUAUGCGUAUCUAAAUUGAUUCUAUAAUCAGUUCCUGGUCAGAUAUUUUCUUGUUGAACAAGUAUUCAGACAUAUUAUAUAACUCGUUAAUAUAUUCAGCGAAUUUACAAUUCAGUACGGACACAAAAACGAGACAAAUAUUGUAAAAUAUGUGUUACACUGUUCAUAAUACAUGUACUAAAACAUUUUGAAAGCUGUUCCAAGAUAACAAGAGCAAUAACAUUGUUUUAUGAAAAGCCUACAAUUGUAGGUUACUUUUCACGUUGCUAAGCAAACUGGUAGUAGCUUAACGCGAAAACAACAUAAAAUAUAGAAUAACGUUAUUCAUUUUGCAGUGUCAGCAAUUCUUAUUCUAACCUAAAAACAAAGAGAAAUAUCAAACAGGGAAUGCCACGCACCAAAAGCGCAGCCUCCUCAAAACGAACCCCCCAGCACACAAACGCGUGCACCACACACACACACACACACACACACACUCAAAGCUUACACAUCAGGACAAAACGAACAACACACACACACACACUCAAAGCCAACACAUAAGGACAAGACGAACAAUAAGCAUACACACACGCGCGCACACAAAGUCAACACACAAGGACAAAACGAACAAACAAAGGAACACAGUGGGGCACCGCCUUGGAACGGUCAGUGGCAAAAACACCACUGGGGAGCUUAAACCGGUUUAUGGUGCGCACCCAACCUCACUCUUACCCCCACCAUGUUCCAAAGACAUGGGACAGUGUAAAUAAAAGUAACCCCCCCCCAGGUGAAUCUCUAACACACGUAAUGGAAACAAAAAGGCAUGGCAUGUAAAACACAAAAAUGCUCGUGUAUAAAUAUAUAAAAAGCAAACCUUAAGAACCAAAAACGUAUGUACUCAAUGCCUUUUCAGAAGACAGAGCAACAAGAGAAACACCCUUAAGGGCCCGACGAAACAGGUCAGAAGACAAAUAUCAAAACAGUUCAGUCCUGGUAGGAUUUAACACUGCUCAUCAUAGAGUCCUCCCCCUCUUCCGUCAGACGCAAUUAAAGAGGGAAGCGUAGUGUCCAACUGUAAACGGGUUGAACACUAAACAUGCGGUAUGUCUCAAAACAGUUGGGUCGUAACCUCUUUUAAUGAAACGUUUGAUAAUCUUUCCAAAUACAUUUGGAAAAGUUUAAACUUUGACGUUUUGAUCUUGACUAUAUCAGUCUCAUCCAUCAGAGGUUAGUAACCACAUUUGGUUAAUUUCUUUCGAUUAUUUAAUUAUACGGACUUGUAUUUUCCACCGGAUGUAGUUUCAGCCAAUCAAUGUUUUGCUAUAUUCGAAACUCAAACAUCUAAGAACAAUACUUCCACAUAGGGAAGAAACAUCUUACAGAAACUGCGAUCAAUGAGUACUCAAUACUUUCAUUAUAUACUUCGAAAUGUACCUCGAGAAAUAAAAUGUGUCUCAUAAUUCAAACAGAUGAGACUACGCUUAAAGCAGAAAUUGUGAUUGGUUCGGCAAGAUCUGUGGUGAAAUGCUGUUUACUCGUGGACACCUUUAGACUGUAGUGUAAACAAACUGAACAUGUAAGAGAAAUUUUCCAGAGGUUCAACCAGUGAACCAUACAAAAGUGAUUAUAUUCUUUAUGAAUACAAGAAGAUGUAAGCCAAUAAAUCUUAUAUUAUAUGACACUUAUCGGUCAGCGUUUGGACAAAGCUUACAAGUAGGGGUGACUCCCUUGACCUAAUAUAUUUCCUAUAUUUUAUACAUUUAUUCCUUGCUUUAGGGAACCUUAUUUCAAAUGUAUUUCAUACAUAGAUUCAAACUUGAAUGUUUACUGAUAAUAUUAGUGACAAUUUCACACUUUUGUAAUCUUACAGGUAAUUGUCAUAUCAUUGGCUAAAAAAUCUUUGUGACACGGUUUCCUCAAAAAGAACUCGAUACACAAAUAUUUCUAGCAAUUACAUUCAUGGCAAUCACAUUUUAUGUGAUCUUCAUGAACAUUUCAGUAAUAAAUACCUAUGUUCUUUUUCAUGUAUGUAAUGUAGAAUUUUGUAUCCGUGGCUGCAUCAGCAUAUAGAAACGUUUGUUACGAUUAUAUAGACACUAUUGUUAGAUAACAUGGAUUGAAAUUGUCAUUAGUAUUUGCGAAACGUAACUUGCUUAUGUUAAAAAUGCUGUUUUCUUUUAUUUCAGCUCUUUAUUAUAAUUUCACUUUGUGUAAGCUU